AUUACAGCUCCUGAAUGAACCGUGAAGAAAGGAGGUGAAUCUUCCUGGAUGGAAAACUUCUUUUCUUGACCUCGUCUAACUUUCCUGACCCCAGUCUCCUCUUCACCUUCAGACGUCAGCCCUCACUUAAUCAUCAUGACAUCCACGGUGCAGCUGCUGGCUUUUAAACUCGAGCCGCCAUUGCUGGAUGGGGACGGAGAUCAUCCAUUCAGCUGUGAUGAGGAGAUUGAAAGGCAAUAUGAAGUUGUCCCAUCUGUCGUCUGUUCCAUGUGCUGUCUCUUCGGCAUCAUUUAUUGCUUCUUUGGUUACCGCUGCUUUAAGGCUGUGAUGUUCCUCACCGGCCUGAUGUUUGGCUCCAUCGUCAUCUUCAUGCUCUGCUAUAAGGAGAGAGUGAUGGACACACAGCUGAGCGUGGAGGCCAGCGUGGGGAUCGGCCUGGGCAUCGGAACGCUGUGUGGCCUGGUCACCAUGAUGGUGCGCAGUGUAGGUCUCUUCAUGGUGGGCUUACUGCUGGGUUUGCUGGUGGCGCUGGCCUCGCUGGUGGUGCUGGAGGAAUAUUACCACCCGCGCUCGGUGUGGCUGCCGUUGGGCAUGCUGCUCGGCUCGGGCAUGCUGUUCGCAGUUCUGACUCUGCAGUGGCAGCGCUGCUUCACCACCCUCUCCACGGCCGUCUUCGGCUCGGCCGUCGUCACGGUCACGGUGGAUUAUUUCGUGGAGUUGUUUGCACUCACGCGUUACAUCUACGAGAGGGUGAAGGUGUCGCCGGCGCGGCCCGUGUGCUGGUAUACGUGGGUGGUGAUGGCCGUAUGGCCCGUCCUCGCCGUGCUGGGGGUUCUCAUUCAGUGGAAGGUGACAGCAGAUGGAUACUCCCACACUGAAGUAUUCAUCAGUCAUCAGCAGAGGCGGCUGCAGCUGAUGAAGAUCCGACAGAAGGAGGAGAGAAGAGAGAUCAGGCAGAAGAAGAAGCCACCUCAGUCUACCACUCAUUCUACCACCCAGUCUGUCAAAACCCAGCCCCAAGAACCCACAUAUCGCAGGAAACCCAACCCCAUACGCCGCUGUGACGGUGACGUGCUCUCCCCGAGUUAUAUACAGCAUUUUCGAGACAGACACACGGAUAGACGGGGUUACUCCCACGGAAGAUUGAUUAGCAGCUCUCAUAGGGUGGAUAUGGACUAUGACUGUGGCUCUCAGGUGCCUCUGACGGCCCAUACGGGACCUGCAGUGAGGGUGUAA